CCUUACUCUUCGAGCCGGACACAUAUUUUUCACGCUCCCUAUCACAAGGUCAUUCUGUUAACUGGACUGGUCACUUCUCCGGUGCAAGAGAAAAUGUUAUCACGAUUCGUUCUCGUCGCCAGGACCGUGAACAAUGUUUCAAGGCAGCAAGCAGUACGCUGUAUGGGCAGCCAUGCCCCUGCACACUGGAAAACUGAUAAACAAAUUGCUAUUGAGCAGAAAUCUAGUAUGAAUGACCUUCCAGUUCCAGGAGGAUCUUGGCAGGAAUAUUAUAAUCAACGUAAUUCUAAAUGGAACCUUUUAUUGGGUCUGUCUGCUGUGUUUCUCCUAACCACUAUAGUUGCACUUCAACGAGCUGGAUGUUUCUAUCUGCAUACUACACCACCUCUGAAGAAAAAGUGAACACCUCCCAACAAGACCUGUCAACGUCAGACAUGAUAAAUCAUGUUUCUUUCCAUAUCAGUGCACCAGCUUCAGGGAUGGAUGUUUAUGUAGUCUCUAAGAGUUAAAAUCUUGUUUCUCUGAAACCUGGUUUCUCUGACUAGAUUUUCAUGUUCUGACAUUUUUUAGUUAAAGGUUUCAGCUGUUUAUAUAGUGAUGUCUAUGGACACCAUCAAUAUUUCCUUUUAUUAAAAAAAAUGUGAUCAAUAAAGCUGUGAAAACUUGAA